AUGUUUAGAAAUAAUUACGAUAACGACUCUGUUACAUAUUCUCCUACAGGUAGAUUAUUUCAAGUAGAAUAUGCUUUAGAGGCAAUCAAACAAGGAAGUGCAGCCGUCGGACUUGUGUCGAAGAACCAUGUUGUGUUAGCAGCUUUGAAAAGAAAUGCUGAAGAGUUAGGUUCAUAUCAGAAGAAGAUUAUUAAGGUUGAUGACCAUAUGGGAAUUGCUUUAGCAGGUUUAGCACCUGAUGGAAGAGUGUUGUCAAAUUACUUAAGAAAGCAAGCUAUGAGCUCCAAAAUGAUUUUCAAUAGACCUCUACUGACUUCAAAAGCAGUAUUAUCAAUUGCUGAUAAAGCACAGGAAAAUACCCAAUCUUAUGGGUCUAGACCUUAUGGAGUUGGUUUAUUAGUAUCUGGUUAUGAUGAAACAGGGGCACAUUUAUACGAAUUCCAACCAUCGGGAUCUGUGUUAGAAUACUACGGUGCAGCAAUUGGUGCAAGAUCCCAAGCUGCUAGGACGUAUUUAGAAAGAAAUUUAGAGACUGUUCGUGAGACUGAAUCUGUUGAUGAAUUGAUUGUUCAUGGUUUGAAUGCUUUGAGAGAUACCUUAUCACAAGAUGUGGAAUUGACUUUCAAAAAUACUUCUAUUAGUGUUGUAGGUAAAGAUACAAAUUUCACUAUAUAUGAUGAUGCAGACGUUCAACAAUAUCUUGACAAGUUGGAUUCGGUUUCCAACGCUAGGAAUAGAGAUGAUGACGAUGAAGAAGGUAAUAAUGAGACCCAAGGUGAUACUAAUGAAAAUACCGGUAAUGAUGUUCCUUCUGAAGAUAGAAUGGAAACUGAUGAGUAA